AUGGGGAAGUUUGGGGAUUUUGACAGCUUUUGCUGGGGUUCCACACUACCAGUCUGCAAUCUCCUCUCAAGCUUCCACAAUCAGACCGGGCCGUGGGGCGGCUGCGAGCUGAAAGGCAUCCCGCUGAGCGGUGGCAGAAUACUAGGCAAUCUGGGCUCUAUAUUACUUUGUGGCCUAGCCAUCUUAACAUCGCUCUAUCUGCUAUGGCGAUCGGAAAGAAAGAAGGCUGCUGUCGGGCGCAGGGAAAUGCAGCUGUUUCUGGUCGGAUAUCUGGUCAUUUCGAUCUGCGAGAUCUUCACCGUAGGAGAGUUCCCAUUGAAUGGCAAAGUCAGAGUGGCAUUUUCAGCCAUCCAUAUCGGCUUCAUCAUUGCAACCACUUGGAUUCUCAUGCUCAAUGCCGUUGUUGGAUAUCAAAUCAUCGAUGAUGGAACGCCGCUGUCUUUGGCAUUGAUGGUGGGCUCGGCGGCCGCUCUGCUUAUUGGAACCGGUUACAUCGCUCUCGACACUGGCUUUCAGUGGACGGGAUACUGGGACGACUCAUGGAAAGGUCCGCCGGAUGGCACCAACCGCAACAUUGCCCUCUAUGUCCUGUACCAGCUCGUUCCUUUGAUCUUCCUUGUCGCGUUCUACGUCCUCGAGGCUGUCCUGGUACUGCGCGUUCUGGGCGAAUUCCGGCCAAUGAUUUAUUUGACCGCGGCUGGCCUCCUCUUCGCCAUCGGACAAGUCUUCAACUACGCCAUCAGCUGGCACAUCUGCGAGGGCACUUCGGGCAAGAUCGACGGCGCACUAUUCGAGACACUCUUCACUCUGCUCUCUGUCGUGAUGGUUUGGGUCUUCUGGUCGAGCAUCACUGAAGAUGACUGGCCGAUCGCCGUCGCAGGAACAUACCCUUAG